AUGAAUUCCAUUCGUCAAGUACAGGCGCUCAAUAAGCGCGAGCUAGAAAACGCUGUACCUCCAGAAGCGUCAUGGCACGCAGACUAUCGCGAUACAGCUUAUGUCUAUAUCGGCGGCCUUCCAUUUGAUCUAUCCGAGGGUGACAUUGUCACAAUAUUCUCCCAAUACGGAGAGCCGGUGCAUGUCAAUCUGGUCCGCGACAAGGAAACCGGAAAGAGCAAGGGUUUCGCCUUUUUGAAAUACGAGGACCAGCGCAGCACAGAUCUGGCCGUGGAUAAUCUUGGUGGUGCAACUGUUCUGGGUCGCAUGCUUCGAGUCGACCAUACACGGUACAAGCGCAAGGAUGACGAGGAGGAGGAAGAUAAUGUCGCCAAGUUGAUGGGAGACCCGGCCCCCGAAACCAAGGAGAGCAAGGGAGAUCGACACAGCCGGAGACAGGCGAUUGAAGAAAAGCGACCAAUGCUGCAAGAGGAGAAAGAAUUGCAACACCUGAUGCAAACCCAUGACGAGGAGGACCCAAUGAAGGAGUUUUUGAUUGAGGAGAAAAAAGAAGAGGUCGCCCGCGCUAUCGAGGCCUGGAACAGCUCCAAGAAAUCUAGCAGGCGACGAGACCAUAGCAGAGAACGAUCGAGUCGGCACCAUCGCAGACACCGUUCCCGUUCUCCAGACAGGGAGAGACGUUCUCGCCACAGGUCAUCAGACAGAGACCGAUCAAGAAGAGACCGACCCUCGAGGGAAUCACGCUCACCCGAGUCUCGACGACACCGGUCUGAUAGGGAUAGACAUGAUCGCCGCCGUUAA